GCUGUAUGGCGGUGUGAUUUACGGCGGUGUCGUUAGUCGUUUUAUCCGGCUAAGAUGCGACCAGACUGAACAUGGCUCAUCUGACCCAGAACCCGGCCGACAAAGAGAGGUUCAUCUGCCUCUAUCCGAUCUACAUCAACAGUAAAAAAACUCUGGCUGAAGGACGGAGGAUCCCAUCAGAGAAGGCAGUGGAGAACCCGUCAUGCGCUGAGAUCAGAGACGUGCUGACAGCCGCCGGGAUGAACGUCUACGUGGAGAACAAAAUGCACCCCAGAGAAUGGAACAGAGACGUCCAGUUCAGAGGGCGAGUCAGAGUUCAGGUGAAGCAGGAAGACGGAAGCUUCUGUCUGGACAAGUUCACCUCCCGUAAGGAGGUGAUGUUCUAUGUAGCGGAGAUGAUCCCAAAACUGAAGACCAGGACCCAGAAGAGUGGAGGAGGAGACACCAGCUCUCAGCAGGGAGAAGGAGGGAAGAAGAGCAAGAAGAAGAAGAAAUAGAGGAAAAUAAAUUAAUGUUUAAAAAAUAUAUAUAAUUCAUUUUAAAUAUGAGAGCUGAUAGUUUGUUCUCUUUAUGAAAUCUGUUUUCUUUUCAGUUAUUUGUUUCAUUGAAGGUCUUUAAGUUUAUUUAGUUUCAAUAAAAGUUAUUAAAGAAACUCGUCAGGAGCUUUUUAGUCACGGGUUAGGAUGGAGCUUCAGACCAGGACCUGAACCAGCUGGUUUCAACUGGACCCGAUUGUGAAGCUCAGGAGCAACUAACCGGAUGUUUGAAGUCCGACAGACUCGUUAAAUCGUCACUGGUGGAAAUAUUUAUAUAUUAUUCUUGAGAAUAAAAAAACACUUAAGAAAAAUAUCGUAAAUCUUUUUUUGUGUUUCUCUCCUUGAAUCAAAUGCAGUACAAUUUAAUCUGGAUGUCAAAGCUCAAUCAUAUGAAUGUAAAUAAAUUCCUCCAGAAGUUCUAUUUA